CCCCUGCCACAGGAAUGUGGAGAUUCCACGAAUAUCUCAAGACUGUUAAACGUGAACUGCUCGUUUGAUAUAGAAGCAUUUUGGAACAUUUUUCUUUAUAUUCACCGCAUCCAGUCUUCUGAACUAAAUCAUUCCGUGGCCCUUAAUUAAGAGGACCUCCUCUAAAGAAGAUUAAUCUGAUCGCUGUUAUUUCUGGACGAAAAUAUGAUGGAAGCAAACUCUACUCUGGGCGAAUGUCACGUGCCCUUCCUCGAGUUCAACUGUACAGGCCCAGGUCUCGAGCCGACGGACCAGGCCUUGGUGCUGUCCAUUUUGAUCCUCUUCAUCGCGGCCACCAUCAUUGGUAACCUCCUCAUCGUUUGCGCCGUGCUCCGCUUCAGGCAGCUGCAGACCCGCACCAACGCGGUUACGACAUCGCUGGCAGUGGCCGACCUGAUGGUGGGCGCCGUGAUCAUUCCCUGCAGCAUGACGCACGAGGUCUACAGGUGCUGGUUUUUCGGACAGACCUUCUGCAGGAUCCACUACUUCAUGGACUAUUGGUUCACCAAUGCCUCCAUCCUCCACCUGGGCUGCAUCGCCUUCGACCGCUACGUGGCCAUCUGCGACCCUCUGCGCUACCAACAGCGGGUGACCAACCACACGGUGGUGCUCAUGCUCCUGAUGUGCUGGCUGUGCUCGGCGCUCUUCUCGGCGCCCAUCCUCAUCAGCUUGAGUGACGUUUUGUCAAACGGGGUCAUGGAUCGGACGUCUUGCCCUGACGAGUGCGUGUUCAUCGUCAACUUGGGCCUCACAUUUCUCAUCGGCAUUUGCCCCUAUUUCUUGUCCCUCUUCAUCCUGUCCCUGGCGUACGCCAAGAUCUUCAGGGUGGCUCGCGUGCAGGCCAGUCAGAUUCACGCUGCCGGUAAGCACGGCGCUGACUCCUCUUCCUCCGCCUCCAUUGUGGGGGACGCCAACAGUAAACGCACGUGGCUGGCCAUGAAGCGCGAGCACAACGCGGCCAAGACCCUGGGCAUGAUCAUCGGCUUCUUCCUGCUGUCCUGGCUGCCCUUCUACGUCAUCAGCGUGGUGGACGUCAUCAUAGACUACCAGACGAACGCUGUGCUCCGGCGGACGGUCACGUGGGUUGGCUACUUCAGCUCGGCGGUCAACCCCGUUCUGUAUGCUUCGUUCAACCGCCCAUUCCGCAACGCAUUUCGUGACAUUGUCAGUUGCAGGGCCUUCGCAGUGGGGGCACGGAAUAAGGACCUAUUUGGAUCGUAGCACAUAUCAGGGGUGCCCAAACUUUCCCAAGGCGCGAACCGGCUAAGGAGCCAGAUAUUUUUCAGGGAUCCAUGCCCAGUGAGACAGUGAAAAACCGUGCUCGCUUGUGACCUCGAAGUCAGAGGAUGCACAAGUAAAAAUGCUUACCAAGAAACAGGGUAACAUUACACAUUGUGGAAGUCAUGUUAUCAGAGGAGCAUACCUUUGGAUGAAUGAGUGCAGUACGCAGUGCGAAGAUGCAGUUGGGCAAACAGACACAGAGACACGGAGACACACAUAGACACAAACAAAACAACAGGAAUACACUCGCAGACACUCAGAGAAAUAAAUACAUUCGUGGACACAUGCACUCACAGACAGACAUCUAGACACAGACGAAGACAUGCACACUCACACAGUUCGGAAAAUUGUCGUCACGGAUUUUUACAGUACCACUUGAUUUCCCUGCUCUCAAAAAGAGACGAGUAUGAACCACGGAUCGUGAAUUCUCUCAGGUACAACGCAUUCCGUUCCUCCCAACCGAACUUCGAAGUGAGUGCGGCACCGUGGAGUGAAACAGGUUGAGAAACAAUGCAGGAACCAUCACCACCACCAGAACUACCACAAUGCAAGGGCGAGGUGAUGCUCAGGAGGAGCACGUGGGUGCUCUCUGGUCCAGACCUUUCCACACACAAUUAGGGGAGUGAAAUGUUCGAAUUUAUUUCGAAUUAAUAUAGUGGUGAUUGUAUCUAUCGUGCGUUUUAUUGUCAAAUAUAUGUAGGGCCAUUAUUCUAUUAGUUUAUGAAAGAAACAAUAUUUACAUUCCAAUGUGCUUUACAGUGCGACCCACCGCGAUAUCUCUUGGGACCCCACCGUGACCCCACUCCACCAGUGGGUCGUGACACCACCAGUAGGUCAUUUCCCAUAAUUUUAGAACCGCUUCAUAUAAAUGAAUACGUAUGAUUAUUCCACCAUGAUGUUCAAUCUCCCGGCAAGGCAGCUGACACUACGGACACAUUUCUUCAACCCACCCACCCCGGGCGGUCGACCGGUGCACCAUGCAGGUCGUGUAUGGUGGGUUAAAUUUUGGUUAGCUCUCACCUUUUCCAAGCGUGUAAGAUGACAUUCCUGCAAAAUAAUCUCCAGAGGGGCUCUCGAGAGCUACCUCUAGUGGAAGCCCUUCAGCCAGUAGUGGUGUAGGCAAGGAAUUGCAGGGUUAUACAUUCAGCUUAUAUAAAUACAUAUACAGUACUUCCUUUAAUUUAUUUGACAAAAUAUAAAGUUUUUAAGUUCACCAGGUUGCUAAGAGACCAGGGCACCGAGCAAGCAAUGAAUUAGAAUGAUGAUUUUUGACAUGGCGAUGUUGAUCACAACAGUGGCGCUCACUGUAAUUAUGCUGCUUUGCUGCGAUAUCACAUUUCACGAUACCAUACAUUAAAGGUGGAGGGAAAUAUCAUAGGUUGGAAUAGCUGGAGGGACUCUAGCCUGGAUAGUCAAAUACCUCCUGAAUGUGGAUGGGAGGCGCCUGCCUUUUGAAAAAGUACUGAACAAUUGUAAUAUCCCUUCACUCUUAUUUGUUUUAGAUAAUUACAGAUUAGGGGAUGCCAUUACAUGAUAAAAACCUAGACACACCAAUUCGCCCAAUCAUAAGCUGGCUGAAGACGCCCAUAGUCAGCCAUAGAUCAUCCGAGGCAUACCGGCUCAGGGAAGAGGAUUCUGUCAGUUGAACACGUAGGCUUUCGCCACCAACAUCAUAC